AUGUCUUCAUGGUCUUGCUCUCGUAAUGAAUAUCCUCAGUCCGUUCAUGCAUUGAUGUCUCUGUGGUGUGGUUUUUCACCACUAUCGGAGGGCAGCGAUAGUAGUCUAGAAAAACGCCUCGAAGUAGACUUUAAAUAUCAGAAUUCAAUCCGAAAACUGAGUGUAGCUGAUAUAGAGACCCUUAUGGGGACCGUUGAUGAAUAUCUUCAACAUCACUCGUGUGAAGGCGAUUUUCAAGCAUUCACAUUCUCACGAACCCUGAUCGUACUCACUUCGAAAAUGCUAACGAUAAACAGUUCCUCAACGGUAAUGUUGCACCACAUCUUGGGGCCGUUAUUGGAUCUUCUCAGGCAGUUUAGCAUACAGGUGGAGUGGAUGUCUUUCUCCCGCAGGAACACCAUGGCGCCGUGGAACACGCAGUACGAGACGAGCGACAUCAUGGCACAGGAGUACGCUGAGCUGAAAGCUGCCUUUCCUACAGGUCAGUCCUUUUUGUUAGGCCCCGUCGAUAGCGAGCAUUACUUUUUCUUUACCUUUGAUGCAAUUGACCGGUCGGAGGAUGCGGCAGUGGAGCAGGAUGUGCAAAUCAACGUGUUUCUAUAUGACAUCGUACGCGAAGAGGAGGAGGAGGCAACCACCGACGUUAAGUCGAUUCCCAAAACUGCACAUCAACUGAUACAUUUGGAAGGAAACACUUACGAGUUCAUACGUACGUUCGACGAUAUUUCAUACAUUUCCUUUGAGACCAACGCACUAGGCGCUAUGGAAUCUCCAGUACGACUGCAGUCGCUACUGAAGAAGUUCAAGCCCUCGAAAAUUGUUAUGCUUGCACUUCAAGAUCGAAAUAUGGAUCCUGGUAUGCUUUGUCGCACUUACGACACUUUACCUGGCUACACGUUUCAAAGUUCCCUCACCAACCAGUUUCGUGAAGGAUAUUCAUUUUGUCAAUUGACUUUUGUUUCUGCCGAAGAAUAA